ACUUAACAUUUCAACUUACGUUAAUUUAAAACUUCUUGACAAACCACUUAUUUUCGCAAUGAAUACGGGUUGUUUGAUGAAAAAUGGCUACCAUAAAAUAUUACGAAGCUUUAAAAGGUCAAUGAAAAUUUAUACGAAAACUGGGGACAAAGGUACCUCUGCAACAUACACUGGUGAAAGAAGACCAAAAGAUGAUCAGAUCUUCAAUGCUCUGGGGGCCACUGACGAACUAAGCAGCCAUAUUGGUUUAGCAAGAGAGCACUGUAGCAGUCGUUGUGCAGAUCUCACUGAAAGAUUAAAAAUAAUCCAAUGCAUUCUUCAAGAUGUUGGCUCAUCAAUUGCAACUCCAAAAUCAUCUGCCAAGGAUAGGCACCUAAAAAAAACAGAAUUCAAGAAAGAACCAGUGGAAAAUCUCGAAAAAUGGAUCGAUGAAUACAUGGAAACUGUUCCACCUUUGAAAAGUUUUAUACUGCCAUCAGGUGGUUUGGCAAGUUGUCAUUUACACAUCGCAAGAUCUGUCUGCAGGAGAGCUGAAAGAGAAAUCGUUCCCUUGGUAGCAAAUGGCGAGAUGGAAACUGAGCCGGCUGUCUUCGUCAACCGCCUGAGUGAUUUUCUGUUCGCGGCGGCUCGAUACUGCUCGUACAAAGAUGGCGUCCCGGAAGCCAUAUACAAACGCACGACAGGAGAAAUUGACCACCGCCUGACACGAUCCAGCACUUCCUCCAAAGAAAACUAAUAAUCCGGCAUAGGUUAAAAAACUGGAUUUUCUAUGUCUAUACAACUCAGCAUAGAUAUGGGAACACUAUAUUUUAUAUCUAUGCAAUUCAGUUUUCAAUUUUUUUAAUUUGCAAAUUAGUGAAAAGCUAGUUUAUUCAGUUGUUUAUUUAGUUUCUUUCGUUGCAUAAAAAAUUAAUGUCAAUCAUUUAAUUAUUGUGAAAAAAAGUGACUUCAAAAAAGCAUUAAAAACCUAAAAUUGGUUUCUCUAUGAUAAAAAUGAGAUGAGUAAAUAAAUCAAGUCAAUAGGUAACUAUGUAAACAACAUUAAUGUGAAUGCAUUAAGGAUGUCACUCUAAACACCAUAAUAAUAUCUAUUUACCGUGUGUGUGUGUGUAUGUGUGUGUGUGUGUGUGCAAAUCACGUGUGUUUGUAACAGAAUGAAAUGCUGAAACAUAAUAUAAGCAUAACAAAUUUAAAUUUAAAUGCUGGUUGAGAAUUGCAUUUGAAAAUAAUAUCGAUGAGCGUGUUUAUGUGUGUGUGCGCGCGCGCGCGUGUGUGCGUGUAUGUAUGUCUAAAUUAAUUAUCAUUCACAUAGACUUGAAUUUUAAAUAAAAAAAUUAACAAAAAGAUAAUUAAAAAAAGAAAAAACCCAUCUGUACAAAUAUCGAAAUCUAAUAUAAGCUUUUUUUGUUGUACAAAUUUGCAUAAAUUUACACCAGCGAAGUAUGAAUACAAAAAGAGAAUUUAUCAGUAUAAGCCAAGAAUUUGAGCAAACAAUAACAAAAUGAAAACUUUUAAAAAAGAACAAUUAAAAAUCGUUUAAU